GCCUGUGUGUGUCUCCCUGGGUCUAGAGGGAGGGGGGCGGCUUAUUUACCCCCCCCUUUUUUUGUUUUUUUUGUUAAGCGAGCAGGAGGCAACAUCCCUUGGCCUUACUCCUGCCUUCGCUUCUCUUGCCUCCCGCGCUCGUGCCGAUCGGCCUGCAAGCGAGAACUUCCACACGGGGGGCGGCCGCGCCUCGACGCUCGGACCGCCGGGGCGAGAGGAGCCGCGCCGGGAGCGAAAAGUCCAGGCGCGCCUCCCUGCCUGCCUGCCUGCCUGCUCCGGGGCGACGGGAGUUCCGUGCGCCAGCCCGCCUUGCUUGCUCUCCGGGAAGGAGGUCUCUCUCUCUCUCUCUUUUUCUCUCGCCGCGACUGACUGGCGCGUCUCUAUGGAUUGGCGAAGAAGGGAUCGGCUCGGCUCCUGAAUUCAAAGUCCGGGAUUGCGAGAGGUGUCGCCGCCGCCGUCGCGGCAGCAGCAGCCGCCCGCUGAGUUUAGCCCCAGGGAGGCGGAGGAGAAGAAGAAAGAGGCGGGAGGGGGGAAGCGAGGCGGCGAGGGCGGCGGGGCGCCGCUUGCAGGGACCCACUGGGGAGAAAAUGCCCGUGCGGUGCCGAUAAGGGUCUCGCUCCGCCCGUUGCCUCCUGUCGCCGUCUGGAGUUGGGGACAGCGAGGGCGCCUCGGAUCCUCCCCGAGAGGCGGCGAGGAGACCUGCCGGGGGGGGGCUCAUCCAAGCUGGCGGCGCUUGCCCCGGCCCCGAUCCCGUCGCGCAAGAUUGCCUAAGCGUUCUCCCUGGAUUUGGGGUCCUUCGCGCUUCUCAUCAUGCCCUUGGUUGGUUUUUUGCUUUGGGCCAUCCUGCUAAUUGUGGGCUGGUGGCCCUCCUACUCCAAGGAUUACCUGUUUGCUACUCCACGAGUGCAGCUCACUUUUAAAGAGCUUAAGGCCACUGGCACAGCCCAUUUCUUCAACUUCCUUCUCAACUCAACAGACUAUCGCAUCCUGUUGAAGGAUGAAGAUCAUGACCGUAUGUAUGUGGGGAGCAAAGACUACAUCCUGUCACUAGAUCUUCAUGAUAUCAACCGAGAGCCCCUGAUUAUCCACUGGCCGGCAUCCCAGCAGAGAAUAGAUGAAUGUGUCCUGUCAGGAAAGAACAGUAAUGGGGAGUGUGGUAACUUCAUCCGCCUUAUCCAGCCUUGGAAUCGGACCCACUUGUAUGUUUGUGGCACCGGAGCAUACAACCCUGUUUGCACCUUUGUCAACCGAGGACGCAAAGCACAGGCUUUUGAGCUGAACCAGUCCAUGCAGCAGGGAGGACGGGGAAGUAGAGCAGUUGACUCCUCCCUCCACCCGUCUCCAGUGGAACGCAAGGAUUACAUAUUUUACCUGGAACCAGAGAGGCUAGAGUCAGGAAAAGGGAAAUGUUCGUAUGACCCCAAGGUGGACACUGUAUCGGCAUUAAUCAAUGAAGAACUCUAUGCUGGGGUCUACAUUGACUUCAUGGGCACUGAUGCAGCCAUCUUCCGUACCAUGGGCAAGCAGACCGCCAUGAGGACUGACCAGUACAACUCUCGCUGGCUAAAUGACCCAGCCUUCGUCCAUGCGCAGCUCAUUCCAGACAGCGCCGAGAGGAAUGAUGACAAGCUCUACUUCUUCUUCCGUGAGAAGUCCACCGAUUCCCCACAGAGCCCUGUUGUUUACUCUCGUAUUGGCCGCAUUUGCCUGAAUGAUGAUGGGGGCCACUGCUGCUUGGUGAAUAAAUGGAGCACGUUUCUGAAAGCGCGACUCAUUUGUUCUGUGCCAGGGCCGGAUGGGAUCGAAACGCACUUUGAUGAACUCCAGGAUGUCUUCAUCCAGCAAACCCAGGAUGGAAAGAACCCCAUCAUUUAUGCUGUUUUUGCUGCCUCUGGGUCUGUAUUUAAGGGCUCCGCUGUGUGUGUCUACUCCAUGGCUGACAUCCGCAUGGUCUUCAAUGGACCUUUUGCACACAAGGAAGGUCCCAAUUACCAGUGGAUGCCUUACACGGGCAAAAUGCCUUAUCCUCGGCCAGGCACAUGCCCAGGAGGGACAUUCACACCCUCGAUGAAAUCAACCAAGGACUACCCUGACGAGGUCAUCAACUUCAUGCGCACUCACCCCAUGAUGUACAACGGCGUGUAUCCCAUCCACCGCCAGCCGCUCGUGGUGAGGACCAACGUCAACUACAAGUUUACAACUAUUGCCGUGGACCAGGUGGACGCAGCUGACGGGCGCUAUGAGGUGCUUUUCCUGGGCACAGAUCGUGGCACUGUCCAGAAGGUCAUAGUCCUGCCCAAAGAUGAUAUGGAAACAGAAGAAUUGAUGCUGGAAGAAGUGGAAGUAUUCAAGGUUCCAGCCCCCAUCAAGACCAUGACCAUCUCCUCCAAAAGGCAACAACUCUAUGUGUCCUCUGCCAUUGGGCUAACACACCUGGCCCUUCACCGCUGUGAUGUCUACGGAGAAGCCUGCGCGGAUUGCUGCCUAGCCAGGGACCCCUAUUGUGCCUGGGAUGGCAAGUCUUGUUCCCGCUACUCUGCUUCUUCCAAGAGGCGGAGUAGACGUCAGGAUGUCCGGCAUGGCAACCCUAUCCGUCAGUGCAGGGGUUACAAUUCCAAUGCCAGCAGGAAUACAGUCGAGGCUGUCCAGUAUGGUGUGGAAGGGAGCACAGCCUUUCUGGAAUGCCAGCCUCGCUCCCCUCAGGCUACCAUCAAAUGGCUGCUACAGAAGGACAACAGUGACCGGAGGAAAGAGCUGCGCACAGAAGGACGGGUGCUGAGGACAGAGCAGGGGCUGCUGUUACGGUCCUUGCAGCUCUCAGAUGGGGGUCUCUAUUCCUGUACAGCCACAGAGAACAACUUCAAGCACACAGUGGCCAAAGUGCAACUGCACGUGCUGAGCAGUGAAACCGUCCACGCCGUGCUCUUCCAGUCAGAGGCCCCAGCCCCCUCCGCAGCCGCCAUGCGAGCGGGCCUGCCAGGUGCCACCUUCAGCUCUCACUACCAUGACCUGGUGCAGCUGCUCACCCAGCCUGAGAUGGGACUCAUCAACCAGUACUGCCAGGGAUACUGGCGGCACGUGGCCUCCAAUCACAAGGAGACUCUGGCUGGUCUGAAGGCGAAGGAGCUGCAUGAUCAGAAGAAGCCUCGAAACCGCCGGAAUCACCAACCAGAGAAGGAUCAACAGACAUGAAACCAACCAACAAACAAAAGGGACAAUGAAAUGACAC